AUACUAGGGUCAGUCAAAUGAAAAAGGUCAUGCACGCAAGCGACAUGGCGCGUUUUGUAUCCGUAUCAAAUCCAGACAGCGAUCUGCGUUUGUUUCUGUUUCUAUUGUUGUUUGUGUCUGCACGCCAGCCGGCCACUGUUGUACUUAACAUAGAUGUUGACCACAGCACAAUAGUCCCACAGAGUAGGUGGCCGCGUGCCGCGGCGCCGCGUGUCUGCUAGUAUUCCGGUGAUCCAACAUGUCGUUGGUACUCGUGUCCCUCAUAGCACUUAUGUGCCAGAAGGGCAUCCACGGCAAAGGCAUCAACUCUUUGAUAGGCCCUUAUAUUGCUUACGGCGAACGCUUUUACAUGUGUGAAGCUAACAACACCCAGCUUCCCUGGAGAUGGAAUUUGCGUGCUUCUCACUUUAACCCACAUAAACCAAAAGAGCUUCAACGCCUGACAGGUAACCUCACGGGCUCAACAUCUAUUGAUGACAGCUGCUGGGGGAAAGUAAUUAUGGAUACUUGGUCGAACAACCAAUGGAAGGAAAACGCCUUUAUGGCGAAUUUCAAGAACAAUGCAUGUAAAGCUCUUAAAGAAAAUAUUCCUGGAUUUUACGAGAAGAUUUCGAAGAUGGAAAUGAAAGGCGCGUGCAUAUUGAAACCUGGAGUGAACGAGUUCAAUAACACAUCAGUAGACUGGACUUUUCCAAAAUUUGCAAUCAUGCCGUAUGGCCCCUAUAGGUUCAGAGUCACGAUUGGCAAAGCUGAAAGCCGGUACCUAUGCUUAGUGGUAGAAUGUAGGAUUAUUCCAAAACCCGCAUAACUAUACUAUGUUCUUCGUUAUUUCAAUGCUGUCCACAUCAAACAAACUUUGGCAGCUUUAGCGCGGGUCGAAAUAUAUGCUACAAAAUGGACUCGACAA